CAUCAACAAUAUGUAGGAAGGAUUAAAGACAUUUUCUGGGACCAGUCUUUCCAUGCCGGUAAACGUUUGCUGGUGUCUUCUGAGAGGCAUGUUCUGGCUUCAGUUCACUCCCACAAUGGAUCCCUGGCCUGGAGAAAAGUUUUAGAAGAAGGAAAAAGAGGCCAGAUAGAUAAAACACUCUACUCAGGAAAUGUUUUGAUCACGGUGAAUGGAGGUGGACAGUUUGUCCGAAAAUGGAAUCCUGGGACAGGUAUAGCAGACUGGGACGUCGCUCUGCCCGGGUCAAAACAGGGGAGGACGGACAUUGCUCUGUGCAGUAAGGAUCUGGUGGCUGUUAUGACACAAGAAGCUCUGGUUGGUUUGGAAACUAGGUCAGGGAAACAGAAAUGGUCCAUUACACUACCUCAAAGUAAUCAAGUGGUAUACACACUUCUGACCUUGUCGGGAACAAACCUUUAUGUGAUUGGUCAGUCUUAUGGAAAACAGGUCACCAUAGUAACAGUAGACAUGGAAGGAGUGAUCAAGUCCACGCGAUCCGUGCCGUCCUCCUGGCUGUCGGCUAACACACAAUGUGUGGUGUCUGAUGGGGGAUUCUUGGUUUGCUACAGAAGUGAGGACCAGUCUCUACAGGUGUUAAGUCUACCUGAGGGGCAGACAUUUAAGACAACGAGUUUACAGGUUUUAGGCUUAGAAGUAACUGAUGGUGUUACCAUAGAAACGUCUAAGAAGACAGAUGAUCCGUACGUGUUUCUGCGGAUGUCAAAGGAUCACUUGGUCUUAGUAGAAAUCACGGCCCAGGGAGCCAAACUCAAGAAAGACCUCCCUAAGAUCUGUGCAGCACAAGUGACCUCCCUUGAUGACCAGUCUAUGUUAUUUACAAUAGAGAGGUCUCCAGGGGAGCUAAAGAUGAGAGUUUAUGAUCUGGGUACUGGAGGUGAAAUAGCUGACUUAUAUCAGACCAUAACCUACCUACCACAACAUGGAUAUCCUCAGAGGAUGGAGGUUCUGCUGUUUAAGAAGCGAGACCUGAGGAUUGGGUGUAGGUUUGCUAUUCUCUCCGAGGAUUACUCCAUGCAGAUGGUACUGAAAGCAGGUAAGAUAGCGUGGAGACGAGAGGAAGCUCUGGCGUACGUAUUGUCUGUAGAAAUGAUUGAUCUCCCCGUGUCUGAAAACCAGGCUAAAUAUGAGGACGAAUUCGGAUCUCACAAGGAUGACAUUGCUACAAUGUUUGUAAAGAGAUUCAAGACUCAGUUCUCCCAGCUUAAGACAUACAUACAACAACAGAUACAGAGGCUUCAAGGUCACCGACACCACCACCAUGACAUUGAGGCCAUGGCAGAAGGAGGUUCUGAAGACGAGGAUGAGGAAUUAACGAGGGACGAAUUCAACCUCAAUAAACUGAUUGUCUUAGUAACCGGAGCAGGCAAAAUUUAUGGUGUGCGUAGUACCAAUGGUCACAUUGAAUGGGAACACUUUUUUCCUGAGUUAACUCCCUUUGAUAGAUAUGAUCAACAGAAACUAUUACUGUUUGUACAGAGGACUACGGCUCAUUUCCCUAACCCCCCUCAGUGUACAGUUGUGGGCAAACAUAAGCUGACCGGCAAUGGCUUCCUGUUCUCCUUUAAUCCAAUCAGUGGAGAGCCUGUAGACACGCCCCCUGGUGGCCAGAUGUUGGAUUACAGAAUUGUACAGACCAGUAUGGUGGGGGAAUUAGAUGACCAUUUCCUGAGAGGAAUUCUCCUACUGGACCCCAGUGAUCAGGUUCAUGUAUUCCCAGAAAAGUGUUCCUCUGUUUUGAGGAAGACGUACAAGUCCCAGUUUAUGUUUGUGGCAGACAGAGACACAGGGUUUAUUUAUGGGUACAGGACAGUCCCUGACAAAGAGAAAUUCAUCAUGGAGAAAGUUUGGACAGUAAAUUUGCAGAAAAAACAACAGACAAUAACACAAGUCAUGGGGAAAAGACCACAGGAACAAGUUCAUUCCCAGGGUCGUGUCUUAGGUGACAGAAGCGUGUUGUAUAAAUACCUUAAUCCCAAUCUGGUUGUUGUGGUUACAGAGGGAGAAAUUCAGGAACAGUCCCAGAAAGGUCCCUCCAACUUUAUAAAUCUGUACCUGCUGGACAGUGUGACAGGUCACAUGGUGUUCCAUUGCAGCCAUAAACGAGCCAAGGGCCCGGUCACUGUGGUCCACUCGGAAAACUGGGUCCUGUAUAACUACUUUAGUCAGAAGUCUCGUCGCCAUGAGAUCGCGGUGUUAGAACUGUACGAGGGUAAAGACCAGACUAAUUCCUCCGCAUUCUCCUCGUUCUCGUCUCCCAGACAACCGCUGGUCCUCCGACAGUCCUACAUCAUGCCGCUGUAUAUAUCUACCAUGGCAACCACCAUCACAGAGAAAGGCAUCACCAGCAAACAGCUCAUAUUUGCCCUGCGGUUGGGAGGGCUGCUGGCUCUACCCAAAGCUUUACUGGAUCCAAGGCGACCUCUUCUACCCACACAGGAGACCAUGGAGGAGGGCACUAUUCCAUAUAUCCCAGAGUUACCAGUCAAUGCUGAGGCCAUCAUUAACUACAACCAGAGUCUGUAUAACGUCCAGGGCAUCCACACAUCACCAGCAGGGCUAGAGUCCACAUCACUGGUGUUAUCAUAUGGAUUAGACCUUUACUUUACACGAGUUCAGCCCUCUAAGAUGUUUGACGUCUUGAAGGAAGACUUUGAUUAUUUCUUUAUAUCAGCUGUGUUACUAGGAAUGUUUGUGGUUACCAUAGUGACUCAGAAACUAUCUGCGAGAAGAGCGCUUAGUCGAGCUUGGAAAUAAACAAUGUGAUGAAUUGAUAUCUUCUUAAGAUAAAGCUGGGUGAUUCUUAUGACAGUGUUGAUAAAUAGGUGCAUAUGCUGCAUUCAUCUUCGUGAAAAAAAAAACACAAAUCUUUGGAAUUUGGAUGUAUGAAACAAAGGAAAGAAGCAUGCUUGAAUGUUUUGUCUCAUUUAAAUAUACAUGUACAUGUGCAAUUGUUGUCAUGUUAGAAAUUGUUAGUUUUUAUGAACUAAGAUUUUGUUAUCAUUCCAUAUCCAUGCAGAGAAGUAAUGCCAAUUUUCCUAAAUUUUUUAUAAUGUAAAACGAGGUAUGCUGUAUUGAAUAUUUGAGAGAAUGUGUAAGAUUUAAAAGUGGAUGCAAGUUGCCUGAAUGAUAGAUUUAUGUGACAUGUAUGUGUAUGUAAUCAGAUUUAAACCCUUUCUUUACUUUAAAAAAAGAUCUCACAUGUUUGAGGAAAGUUGUAGAAUACCCUAAAAUAGAUCAUGUUUUUUUUUGACUGAAUUGAUGCAAAAUUUUGAAUUUGAAUUUGAUAUCUGUGUAAUAAUUUUUUUUUUAUUAAAUGAACAAUGUAUAUAAUAUCAAAGGAAUAUUAUAUGGUUUGUGGGAACCAGAAUUUUAUUUACUCAACAGAUGAAAAUUUUAGGAAAACAGUUGGUUACGGGGCCAUUUUUGUCAAUCAUAACCUGAAACUGACACCUGAGAAAUCAGAAAAACAUAUAAACUUCAGUGUCAAAUAGUCUUUAUUAUUUUUUUUUUUUCAUUUUAGAGCAACAUAAAGCAUCAUUUUUGCUCUUUCAUCUUUAAUGCAAUAAUUGUACAAUAAGUUAUUUUAAAAAAAAUUAAAAUCAAAAUGCAUAUCUGUGAAACAUUUUUUCUCAGUAGACAAUUAUCUAUUCAAGAAAAAUAUACUCUUUCUAAGGUUCAAGUACAUUUUAGUAUUUUUUUAAAUACAAUAUGUACGUAUACAUGUUUAAAGACUAAAGUUACAUGUAUAUGUGGCAUACCUGAGCUAAAAAAAAGAAUACAAGUUGAGUCUAGAUAUAUAUACAUGUAUAUGAACUUUGUUAUUUAUGUUCAAAGAGUCAGUAAAUAAUUCAGUCAUUGCAUAUCUAAGAAAUGCAAUUGAAUUAAAAUGUGUAAUUUACAGGAAAGUCCUUUGUUUUUAU